CACGGAGGGCGGUCCCAGGGGGAAGGAAGGCGGGGGAAGCGGGUGCUCCUGGACCAGGCUCCCGUGGGUCCCCGCCCCCGUCACGUGGGCUCCAGACCCGGCCGCUGCCGGUCGGUCCGCCUGUUAGUCGGUCGGUCGGUCAGUUGGUCGGUGGGUCAGUGGCCUGCAGCUCGGCUCUCAACUCUCAUGUUCCGAAGUGGGAGGGACCCGGGAGCGGUCUGCACACCUGAGCCGCCCGGAGAGGAACGCUUCAUGCAGUAAGAGAAGGAGGAGACUGAGCCGGGAGAAGGAGUCAUGGCUUCUGAGGCCAGCCACGCGCUGGAAGCCGCCCUGGAGCAGAUGGACGGGAUCAUUGCAGGCACGAAAACAGGUGCAGAUAUUAGCGAUGGUGCCUGUGAGCCCAGACUGACCUCGCCAGCCUCCUACUUGAAUCCUUUCCCAGUGCUCCAUCUCGUUGAGGACCUGAGACUGGCCCUGGAGAUGUUGGAGCAUCCUCAGGAGAGAGCAGCGCUCCUGAGCCAGAUCCCUGGCCCCACGGCUGCCUAUAUAAAGGAGUGGUUCUCAGAGAGCUUGUCCCAGGUAAAUCACCACAGUGCUGCUAGUAAUGAAACAUACCAGGAACGCUUGGCACGUCUAGAAGGAGAUAAGGAGUCCCUCAUAUUACAGGUGAGUGUCCUCACAGACCAAGUGGAAGCCCAAGGAGAGAAGAUUCGGGACCUGGAAGUGUGUCUCGAAGGACACCAGGUGAAACUCAAUGCUGCUGAAGAGAUGCUUCAACAGGAGCUGCUAAGUCGCACAUCUCUGGAGACUCAGAAGCUCGAUCUGAUGACUGAAGUGUCUGAGCUGAAGCUCAAGCUGGUUGGCAUGGAGAAGGAGCAGAAAGAGCAGGAGGAGAAGCAGAGAAAAGCAGAGUCAGUUCUGAAUGUGAUCAGUGAGCUGCAGGAGCAGAUGUGUAGGCUGCAGCUGGACAUCCACAGGCAGAUUCAACAGCGCCUCUUACUCAGUAGGGACCACCCUGAGGAGGUGGCUGCUGGCGACGGUGUGGCUGAGCCCCAGGCCUGCAGCCAGGACUGCGCCCGUUGGGAGGGGUCACCUGAGUUACUGCAAGAGCUCAAGCACCUCAAAAUCAAGGUGGAAGAACUGGAAAAUGAACGGAGUCAGUAUGAGUGGAAGCUGAAGGCCACGAAGGCGGAGGUGGCCCAACUGCAAGAGCAGGUGGCCCUGAAGGAUGCAGAAAUUGAGCGUCUGCAUAGCCAGCUCUCCCGAACUGCAACUUUCCACAGUGAUCAUGCAGAGAAAGACCAAGAAAUUCAACGUCUGAAAAUUGGGAUGGAAACUUUACUUAUUGCCAAUGAAGAUAAGGACCGUCGGAUAGAGGAGCUCACAGUGCUGUUAAACCAGUACCGGAGGGUGAAGGAGAUCGUGCUGGCAACUCAAGGGCCUUCAGAGAGAAGUCUUUCAAUCAAUGAGGAAGAGCUGGAAGGAAGUUUCAGAAAACGGAACACUACAAAUAAAGGCCCCGAGGAAUUGUUUAAACCAGAGAUGCCUCCAAGAUGUAGCUCUCCCAUAGGGGGGCCGCCUCCACUUCCGCAGAAAUCACUGGAAACCAGGGCUCUGAAAAAACACUCCUGCAGUCUAGAAGACUUGAGAAGUGACUCCGUGGACAAGUGUGUCGAUGGGAACAAACUCUCCCCAGUGGGAGAACCCAAGCAGGACAGCCCUUUCCCGAUGGAGCACAAAUACCCCACAUUGCCUGGGAAGCUUUCAGGAGCCAUGCCCAAUGGAGAUGCUGCCAAAUCUACUCCCCUUGCCUCUCAGCCUGACCCCACAGGAAACAGCCUGCUGAGGCUGAAUCGUGGCCGGAGUGUCAGUGCCCCCGUAUUAGGAGACACAGAGAGUGGUUGGGACGACACUACUAUGGCCAACGACUUUUCCUCCACAUCUUCCGGCACCGAGUCUGGCCCCCAGUCUCCCCUGACACCAGAGGGUAAACGGAGCCCCAAAGGCAUCAGGAAGUUCUGGGGAAAAAUCCGAAGAACUCAGUCAGGAAAUUUCAACACUGAUGCCCCGGGGGUGGCAGAAUUUCGACGAGGAGGGCUUCGGGCAACUGCAGGGCCAAGACUCUCUAGGACCAGAGACACGAAGGGUCAGAAAAGUGACGCCAAUGCCCCCUUCGCCCAGUGGAGCACAGAGCGCGUGUGUGCAUGGCUGGAGGACUUCGGCCUGGCUCAGUACGUGAUCUUUGCCAGGCAGUGGGUGACUUCUGGCCACACUUUACUGACAGCUACUCCUCAGGACAUGGAAAAGGAGCUAGGAAUUAAGCACCCUCUUCAUAGGAAGAAGCUGGUUUUAGCAGUAAAAGCCAUCAACACAAAGCAGGAGGAGAAGUCUGCACUUCUAGACCACAUUUGGGUGACACGUUGGCUUGAUGAUAUCGGCUUACCCCAGUACAAAGACCAGUUUCACGAAUCCAGAGUUGACGGGCGCAUGCUGCAAUACUUAACUGUGAAUGAUCUACUCUUCUUAAAAGUCACCAGCCAACUACAUCAUCUCAGCAUCAAAUGUGCCAUCCACGUGCUGCAUGUCAACAAGUUCAACCCCCACUGCCUGCACCGGCGGCCAGCUGACGAGAGUAACCUUUCUCCUUCAGAAGUUGUGCAGUGGUCCAACCACAGGGUGAUGGAGUGGUUGCGAUCCGUGGACCUGGCAGAGUAUGCACCCAACCUCCGUGGGAGUGGCGUCCAUGGAGGUCUCAUCAUCCUGGAGCCCCGCUUCACGGGGGACACCCUGGCUAUGCUUCUCAAUAUCCCACCACAAAAGACACUUCUCAGACGCCACCUAACUACCAAAUUCAGUGCUCUGAUUGGUCCUGAGGCUGAACAGGAAAAACGAGAGAAAAUGACCUCACCAGCUUACACCCCACUGACCACCACAGCCAAAGUCCGGCCAAGGAAACUGGGAUUUUCACAUUUUGGAAACAUGAGAAAAAAGAAGUUCGAUGAAUCGACAGACUACAUUUGCCCGAUGGAGCCCAGCGACAGCAUCCCCAACAGGGUCUGUGGCGGCUACCAGGGCCUCAGCCCGCUCGAUGUGCCUGAAGUGGAUGGGCUGGACCAGAUGGUACCUUCGGAAGGCACUGUGACGCAGAUAGGGCUCCUCUCCCAAGACAUUCACCGCCUCACGACCAUGCUGAGCCAGGACCAGAUGCUGAACGACUCUAGCCUGGCUGCUCCCAACUCUGAGGACUGGAGAUGACUUCUUCAUGGCUGAGCGCCCAGAGAGGCACGUGUGGGGGCCCCGAGCUCUGCUUCACUGGGGAGCUGGCACACUGCCACUUCGCAGCCCAGACUGAGGCAGGCGGGGCACCUCGGACGUGUGUGCUGAUGUCCGGGAGGUGGCCCCAGCGCCCCUGUGUUUUCAGCUGAGCUGUGCUCCUCACCACAGCUUUUAUACCUUUUGUACUUUUAUACCUGACUGCAGACCACUUGUGCACGAGGGCAGCGAGAUGUCAGCUCAGACUCAAUGGCUCAUGCUGCUCCUGGUGACAGCUGGGAGGUUCUUACACCAAAGGGGAAGGUCUGUGAGUUCAUAAAAGCUCUGCUGGAAAAAAAGUUCUGAAUAUUCUGUAGAGACUGAGCUGGGUGAAGUGAUAAUAGGAGCCCCCUCUCUGGGCUGCUUCCAGACAGAAGCAUGUGUUCCCACUCGGGGAUCUGGUCCACAUGAGGGUAUUUGGGAUGAGAACAGGAAAGGAGCAAUGAGACUCCCUCCCCAGCCCUGGCUGCCCUCAGUCUACCCUCGGUGUGCAGAGCAAGCGUGUCUCAGGUUCUCUGUGCUGCUGGGCCUCCCAGCCUCUAGCAGAGACGUCUCCGACUCACACAGACUCACGGGCCUGGCCCCAACCCCUGCCCUCACCCCGCCCUUGCCCUAGCUGACCAGCACAGCCUCCAGCCCUUCCCUGUCAGCCUCAGACACAAUUGCCUGAUCAAACAGCUCCCCCCAGUGGAAGGCCCUUGGGAAUCUCAAAUCCAUGUUUCUGCAACAACUUUCCAUCUUCCAGAGAAGCCUGUAAACCUCAGGUGUCUCCUACCUGAGGAGAGAUGCCUGUGCCCCUAACAUGCCUGCCAGCCCACCUUGCCCCUGAGUGACUGGCUCCCCUACCUUCUCCUCCUGUGAUGGCUCUGGCUCAGGUCCCGUCUCUCCUCCUGAUUUUCACAGCUGGUCUCCUGCUUGGCCCCUUACCUUUCCAGUUGGUUCCCUCCAGACUUUCUCUACCCCAGCCCGAGUGACCUUCCCAAAGCACUGUUUUACUCGUAUAACCGUUCUGGCUAAGAACUCCUUGGUUCCAGAAUUGGCCACCGAUCAGAGUUCAAAGCCUUCAUCAGCAAGCACCCAGGCCUUUUGAAUCUUCAGCCUUCGGGAAGCCCUGCUGGAGCCUGCACGAGGGUCUUUCCCUCCCCGCGGGAUGUACUUUUCCCCUAGUCCUGCUCACAGGGCCGAAUGCUGCCUACCGAGCCCGGGAGGACGCAGCCUCUUCCAGGAAGCCUGCACCGGCAUUUCCGUUGGAGGUCCCUGUGUCCCUUGAGUCCGAGCAGGCACUAGCUCACCUUGAAGUAAUGUGUCAUCUUUCUCCCAUGCCACACCCACCCUCAACACAACUCACCAAGCACGUGCUGUGGGUGGGCUCCUGGGGCUCGCCUGGCUCAGGAGAUCCAUGCUGCUCAGUUCCCCUCCACCCACUCCUUCCUACGUCAGGUUAGUACCAUCCGUGCCAGACCAAGGAGGGCUGGGGGUAAGGCAUGACCACAGAGGUGCUUGCCUAAGGGCGCUGAUGGUCUGCUGGGGACUCAGAUCUGUUUGGGAUAAGAGUGUUCCAAAUGUCACAGAUGUUCCCGUAGAAGUCUCUAUAGCCUCAAACAGCAAGUUGUCAUUUUUCCUGGAGGACUGGACUGGGUGGGCAGGGGGCAAAAAGGAUCCAAGGCAGAGGUGAUAUUUGAAUUUUGAAAGAUGAAGCAGGUUCCCCAACCAUGCCAGAGGGGAAAGGCGUGCCAGGUGGUCUUGAAAGAUCUCAGCACAUCCCAGGAAGCCGCUGUGAGGAGAACGGAGUUUCCCAGACUCCACCCCGUAGUUGCCGGGGGCUUGUCCCACGUGCUGCGGGACGUCCGGCAGGAGCCCGGGUCUCUCCCUCUGGACGCCAAAAGCACCUCUUCUUUAGCAGUGACAACCCAGAAUGACUCCAGACUCGGCCAGAUAUUCCCCGGGAUGGGGGCAUGGCAAGAUCUCCUCUGCCUGAGAACAGCUGACGCCGGGAGUGGGCUCAGAGUGGGAGGCCCAGGGAAGGCAAAUCUGAUGCCAUGACCUGGAGCCAGACCAGGAAAGGCCUUAGAGACCAGGGCCCUGGAAUGUACCCUGGAGACCCAGGGUGGCCAGGAGGGGACCAGUGGUUUAAACAAGAGGUUUAAAGCAGGAGAUGAGCACACUGAUAUUUGUUUAAGAAAAAUAUCCGAGGGCAGGACCUUACUCAUCACGCGGAGCCCAGCAGAGAACCUUUCUCUGGGUAGAGGAUUCCGGAAGGAUGCGCCGAACACAUGCAAGUGUAGAGAUGGGCUGCCUCCGAGCACCCCACUCCCACCAGCCCUGGGGGGGGGCCACCCUGUUCUCUAGAGGGCCCUCCUCCCUGUCCCUUACCCUGGAUGUGCUGAAUAAGAAAUCCAGCGACACCAAGGUUUAGCAAGGCUGCUGCUACGCUAGUUUUUGUGAAAAGGGAAGGAGUGACUUGGAACUAAACAGACCCAGGUUUGCAGCCCAGCUCUGCCACCUGCUGGCUGAAUGACCUGGGGACAAUAACUUUGUCUCUGAGGCUCAGUUUCCUCCUCCUCUAGAACUAGAACAGAAUCUCCACAGACUGUAUGGCUUGUUAUGAGGAUUAUACAUAAUUAAGUGCAGAAGGGUUGCUGCCCCCUCUCAGGUGACCGAGAGCAGGAGCACGUCCUCCUGGCUGUGAGCAGCAGAUGGCAAGAGAGGUCACUUGUGACAUGAAAGAUUUAAGAAGUAGCUUCUGGAACCUAAAUUUACUUGCAAGUUUGGUAGCUUCUAUGUGUACCCACCCCUACCCUACCACUCCAAAAUAGGGCCUGGCAUUUAGAAGAUGCUAGCAAAAAGACCUCCUCUUACCUCCAUCUGUUGUGCAAAGUGCAGGGAGUCCGGGAUUCCCGGGGCUCACCCACCCUGCUGAUUCACCUGCUGCCCUGAUGCGUGUGUUCUGAACACCACUGCUGUUUCGGGGUCUCCCACAGUAGAAGGAAGAGAGCUCACAGGGGGGGCUGAACCUUCUA